CGGUCAUGCGCCUGGGAGAAGACAAAAAUGGCGUCGAAACCAAUUUUAGACUUGAACAGUUUGUAGCCACUUUAUUUUUGUUCGUUAUAUCACAAGCAGCAUAGCGCAAUGGCAGCAAACGGAUAGGAGAGAGGAGUGUCAGCAUUUGUGGAUUGAAGUGAUACGCUCCUUAUUCCGUGAUCUUUCCAAACUUGGGCAAGACUCGAACCAACAAAUUGACACUCCUGUGGAAAACGUGGUCCUCGUGAUCCCCACGAAAACAUCGUGGCAAUUGAGCAUGGCCAUUUUAAUUCAGUGAAAAGAUAAACUCUGGAAACGGUUGAGUAAAGGACGCAAAGGGCGUAGAUCGUUCAUGAGGACAGAAGUACGAAACUUCUCAAAGCUACAGACGUGAGUAUGAGCGCAAAUGGAAUUACAAUGGAAAGCGGAACUACUGUCACCACCAAAGAACCCGAAGUUGUCGAGGAGAUAAAAAGCGGAGCCGAUUUGAUUUCCCGUCUGUGUUAUGAGCAUGGACUGUUCUGUGCCACACAUCCAAAGUUAGUGCUAUGCUUCGCAGCACUGGUAAUUAUAACUUGCAGUGCUCCUCUUCUGUCUGUACCACUGUUUGGAGGUUCAGCAGCUAUAGAAUGGAUCACGCUGAGUUCAUCUGGAGUAUCUGUAGCUGACAGUAAAGGAAGUGCACCGAGGAUUUUACAGGGAAAUGGCAGCACCAUUCCAAGAUGGUUUGUAGGUGAUCCAGUGUUAUACAUACAGCAGUUUAUUCUGGUGGCACAUGUAAGUCCUUGGAGGCCUCACCUUCAGAGUAACAUGGUCAUAAAAGAAGCACUAAAACCUGCCUUUCAAAUCACAAAGUUCAUCACAGAUUUCCAGUAUCAGCAUGGGAGACACACAGUGGAGCUCAGUGACGUUUGUUUAAAAGUGGAUUUAGGUUCCAAUGCAGCACCGCUUUCAGGUCUUGGUAUUAUGACUGAUCAACGAUAUCUCCCAUCUAAAGGAUGUCUCCUUCUGUCACCAGCUAAUCUAUGGGACAGAAAUAUAAAAAGGUUUGAACAAGAUGCCUCUGUUCUGGACGAUUUGUAUCUUGAUCGACGUGGGACUGCUUUUAACAUUGGGUUAUCAAUGUUGUCAACAGAAUUCAUACUUGGCUUGCCACUCAAACAGACUGGGAUCUAUCCCGGUAUCCCAGAGGGACCACAUCAUGUCAUACAGUAUGGAGUUACACUAGUUCUGUCAUCACAUGACCCAAGGUAUAUAGAUGAACUGAGUAAUCAGUUAAAGAAAGAAUUUCCUCUGGCCUCCCCAACUGAAAAGGAUGAGGGCAUUAACAAGGAUAGUGUAGUACAUAUCUAUUACAAGGGUGAACAUAGAGAGCUAAUUGAACUUGCUCCACUCUGUGUAACAUACUUUAUAGUGUUUCUUUACUUGGCAUUUUCUGUUGGUAAGAUAGAGAUGGUUAAGAGCAAGUGGGGAUUGGCAUUUAGUGCUGUCAUCUCAGUGAUCGCAUCUCUGGUCAUGGCUGCUGGAUUAUGCUCAUUCUUUGGUCUUGUUACCACUCUGGAUAGCAGUGAAAUAUUUCCUUAUCUCGUUAUUGUGGUUGGUGUGGAAAAUAUUCUUGUUAUAACAAAGUCAGUGGUAUCAACCCCAGUGGAUCUCGAGGUCAAGAUAAGAGUUGCACAAGGAUUGAGCAAGGAAGGCUGGUAUAUCAUCAAAAAUCUGUGUACAGAAAUGGCUGUUUUGUUAUGUGGCUACAUCACCUUUGUACCAGCUAUACAGGAGUUUUGUGUCUUUGCCAUGGUUUGCCUGCUCUCAGACAUCUUUCUUCAGAUGGUACUGUUUGUGACAGUUCUCUCUAUUGACAUAAGGAGAAUGGAGCUUUCAGAUCUUCAAAGGCAGCCCAUUCAGGUCAGAGAAAGGAGUCAAUCAAAUAAGUCACAGAAAGGAACUUCACCAACAUCAGCUCAAAGGCCACCAUCACCCGUGCCCAGUCCCCCUCAAUCCCCUCAUUCCCCUCAGCCAGUGCGGUUCUUUGGCCUGCUGCCACCUCUGCCACCGUUUAAACUGAAUACUCAGAGUACUCCCCCAAGGGAGUGCCCAGUUCUACCCAAGAAACUACCCAAGAGGCUUAAUUUUGCUUACUUUUGGGCAAGAACAAGAAUAGUACAAAAAGCUCUCAUGGUAUGUGUCUUUUUCUAUUUUAUCUACAUCUUGAGCUACCCUGGUUCGGAAUCUCUGGACACAUCCGAAAAUCAGAAGAACUCUGACAAAGCAGCUGAAAAUGCGAACAUGGCGAAUUCCAGCUCAAAGUUUGAAGACAGUAAAAUCAGAUUUACCCAGGGAGUAGAGGACAGUAGCAAUCAGUCAAGAUGGAAAAGUGCGAGAGAAUCUGCAAGAACGAGGAGAUCAGAGUUUCCCAUCAAACCUCCGUCUGUUGAGUUGUGGAAAGGUCUUUAUCAACGGCACUGGCCCCAGCUGUUAAAUUACUACAAUAUCAGCCUUCUUGGCAGGUAUGUGACAGUUUUGCCGCCUGUUCAUCUGGGCAUUAACAUCGAUACAGACAUUUUCGUUCCGGAUAUGCCUCAAGAUGGCGACCAACUGUUGGCGAGUAACCCGGACUUCCCUUCAGUGGAGGGGACGGUAAAAAUUGACCAUCCUCUGGGGCAUGGACAGGAGACGGCCUCGGGCCGAGAUCCCAAGUACUAUCACAACGCCUUGUCCUGUGUGGUACUUGGUGUAGUCGUCAUGAUUAUUCUCUUCUUUGUCUGUAAAUUUCUGAAUGAUCUUCAAGUGAACCCCAGGUCAGGACGUGGAAGGAGGGGAAAAGGGCACCGAUGUGAUACUCUGGUGGAGAGCGUUCCCAUCAGCCUAAGAGGGCACACUCAGAACGUGGAGCAUUUGAAGUGUACUGUAUCGUACAUCGUCAGUGUUUGUUUAAGCGGACAAAUUUGUGUUUGGGACAUUGCCACCGGAGAUUGUUUAAGAGUAAUUCACAGAAAAAGCACUGUUCAUUCAGACAUGCCGCUCAAGCGAAAGACAAAACAAAAGAAGCUGAAACACAGGCGCAGUUUGGGUGCGGACAGCGGCUACACAACUCAGAGGUUCUUAGAGAACCUUCCUAGCACUAUUGCGCGAGUCAUCCCCGGUCACGUGUCAGACUCGGAAUGCACGCCGCCUCAGCUGUGCAGUACGGAUGAGAACGGCACAGAAGUGAGCAAUGGAAUACCGCUCUCACCAAAAUCUGAAUCAAACCCUGCGGAAAUCGCUGUUGUGAAUAACAGCUGUUCGCUAGAUGAGUCAUUCGUGUCUGGUGGUAGUCCAAAGUCCACAGGUUAUGACUUCAGUAAGUACACUAAUGGAAUGGACAUACCCACGUGGUCUCCCAGGGUGAGUUCUAGAGGUUCUUUCACUAGCUCGUGGUCAAGCACCGAUGAAGAAGACGCAGGAUGGUUGUCCAGCUCAGAGGGGUCAUGUGAUGAACAGGCGUACGCCCAGACUGACAGUUUCCAUAACAACCGAGCUACUGGAGCCUCGGUGUGGUCUGUUGAUUGUAAGGGUGAUUUUUUGGUGACUGGCUGCAGUGACGGCGCUGUCGAGAUUUGGAGUGUGUUGUCUGGCGCACAAGUCUACGUGUCACGUGAUGGCAACAUCGGCGUAACGAAACUCAGCUUUUUACUGGGGAGUCCUCAAAUCGUCGUGGCUCGCUUGGAUGGAUCUUUAGAGUUUCUUAGCCUUGGGGUCCCCUGCAGGCCCAGUUUAAACACACCCUUACUGGAAAGUUCUCCAAUAAAACGAUCUUCACCAAGGAUUACCCGAAAGAGUAGUAGCCACUCAAAUGCUGUCCCAGGUGCAAUGCACGCUGAAGAUUCUACUCCAAUCAGCGUCAACGGCUCACACGCGCACACUUCACAGGAGUCCCCGCUGUGUAGGAUAAGUCACAAACUGAGAGCUCACCACAAACCCAUCUGUGCCUUGGGCGUCAUGGAAGGAAGGGUCAUUACUGGAAGUCAUGACAGAACACUCAAGGUGUUUCGAACAGACGAGUGUGUUUGUGUUUACACGUUACACGGCCAUGCAGACAGCAUUUCUUGUCUUUCUGUAGACAAGACCAAUAACCGGCAAGUGGUCAGCGGUGCUGCCAAUGGUGGUGUGCGUGUUUGGGAUGUGGUCAGCGGUGAAUGUCUGCAGCACCUGCGAGGUCACGUGAAGUCCGUCACUGCGGUCACGUGUACGGCUGAACACUUACUCAGUGUGAGUCUGGAGAGUGUGCUGUGCAUCUGGGACAGAGCGCGCGGCGAGUGUUUGCACCGUCUGAAGCAGUUUCCAGAUCUCUGCUCCAAUGUAGCCAUGUUAUCACGAACGUUGUUUAUCACUGGUGGUCAGGGACACAUCUCAGUUUGGGACGUCUUGACCGGUAGACGCGUGAAAACCGUUCUUCUGGGAGAUGAUGACACAUCCGUGUUCGUGCGUUACGUGAACGUGUGUGAUAACACUACCGUUGUGUGCGACUACGGGAAAGAACUAAAAAUCGUGACAUUUCCUGCUGUAAUGGACAAGGCGGAGUAAUAAAUAUGCAAUAAAUAAAUCUAGGUAGUUAAAAUUAGUAGUUGAGUUAUGUCAAACAUAAAAUAUUCUCGUGAAGUGUGGAAGGAACUGUCUACAGUUUUGAGAAAUCUUUUUAAAGAUGUCAGUUAAAUUAUUAAUUUUAAAAACAGCUGACUGACACAUAGGUUUAACUAAAUUUACAGAUAUUUUUGUUAUAAAAUCCACGCUAGGAAAGCCAACGUUGCUCCAUUUUUUAGACGAAUUCCAACCGGUUGCAGUUGUGAAAGUACCAUGAACUUUCAUCAUAGCUAUUUCAAAACGGCGUCAUUACGUAUGUACUAUAGAGCGAUAUUUACAUAUUAGCGUCCUUCCGCUAACUGUAUAUUUAAAAAUACUGUAGCUUAUUUACCGAAUAAAAAUGUUUGUUUUUGAAAGAGGUUUUCUACACUGAGAUGCAAUUCAGCUCAUCCCUCCCAUCCCGUCUAAUUAUAUAGAGGGAAACGUCCCGGCCUUGGCAUAUUAUAUUCCUAAAGAGCCAAAUAUACGAAUAAACUAGAUAAAAGAGCAAAAUAGCCGACUGGUAUUAGCUUUUUAUUAUGUUCCGAUUUACAUUGAAUAUAUGAAAUAGGAUACGUGAUAAAUACAUUAGUAUUAAGAUAAAUACAGAUAUAUUUGUUACAUGAAUAUUUUCAACUUUUUCCUUUCUCAAAAGGAGUACAGAAGACUAUCAAUGAGGUUGUAUUAUGGUGUCGGCAGGUGGGGGAGGGGAUAGAUAUAGCCAAGAUUACCUCUGACACAGUUUUUGUUUCAGUUUAGUGGUGAUCACUUUCGAUUUAUGCUGCCAUUACAACUCAACAAAACCACGGCAUAGUGGUCAAAAUCUACCUUGGGUUCACCAAUACACAGCCUACAUCUCAUCAAUCCCCCACAUAUACCUACACAGCCUACAUCUCAUUAAUGCCCCACAUAUACCUACACAGCCUACAUCUCAUUAAUCCCCCACAUAUACCUACCUACACAGCCUACAUCUCAUUAAUCUCCUACACAAACCUACACGGCCUACAUCUCAUGAAUCCCCUAUGUAUACCUACACAGCCUACAUCUCAUUAAUCCCCCACAUAUACCUACACAGCCUACAUCUCAUUAAUCCCCCACAUAU